CCUUCCUUGCUGGUGACAGGCUCUUUCCAUCCAGCUGGCUGUGCAGAAGCAGAGUCCUUCGGGCCAGAAAAGCACUUUGUACUCUCCUUUGCUCCUUCUCUGUGGGAGAGUGAAUAGCCUCCAGAGAUGGAUCUGUCCUACAGAUCCACCAUCUCCAUCUAUAAGAGCAUCCUGGAGCAGUUCAACCCUGCACUGGAGAACCUGGUGUACCUGGGGAACAACUACCUGAGAGCCUUCCAUGCAUUAUCCAAGGCAGCUGAAGUGUAUUUUAAGGCAAUUGAGAAGAUUGGGGAGCAAGCACUGCAGAGUUCCACCUCACACAUGCUGGGUGAAAUUCUGAUGCAGAUGUCUGACACACAGAGAUUACUGAGCUCUGAUUUGGAAGUUGUGGCUCAGACCUUCCACGUGGACCUGCUGCAGCACAUGGAGAAGAACAGCAAAAUGGAUGUGCAGUUUAUCAGUGAGAGCCAGAAGCAGUAUGAGCUGGAGUACCAGCGAAGAGCCACCAACCUGGAUAAGUGCAUGGCAGAGCUGUGGAGAAUGGAGAGGGCUCGUGACAAAAAUGCCCGGGAGAUGAAGGAGAAUGUGAUCCGACUGCGCUCGGAGAUGCAGGCGUUCGUCUCUGAGAGCCAGAGGGAGGCUGAGCUGGAGGAGAAGCGCCGCUACCGCUUCCUGGCUGAAAAGCACCAGAUGCUCUACAACACUCUCCUCCAGUUUUACAGCAGGGCUCGGGGCAUGAUCCAGAGCAAGGCACCGCGGUGGAAGGAGCAGCUGGAAGCCACCCGUAACCCCUCAAACAGCCACUCCCAGGGGCUGCUCUCAGCCUCCCACAGCCAGGGGUACCCUCCAGCACGGCACACACCCACCCACCUCGAGAUGCCCCAGAGACCCCUUGGGGACUUUGCUUCUUCUAUGACUGGGAGUAGAUCCAGCAUCUUCACCCCGGACCCUCCUGAGAUGAGAAUGUCUCCUCAGCCAGAGUCUCCCAGGCGGCCCCUGCGGAGGACACCAUCAGCAGCCAGCCUGCUCCCUGCGGGCCGCACGUCCCGCUCGGGCUCCUUUGGCGAGGCCGGCGGCGAGGGCCGGAGGAGGAUCGGCACGAGCAGGGUCCAGGCCAUCGUGCCCCACACGCCGGGCGCCAACCGCACCCUGCUGCGCUUCGAGCCCGGGGACCUCAUCGCCGUGCUGAUGCCCGAGGCGCAGAACGGCUGGCUCUACGGAAAGCUGGAGGGCUCCUCCACGUGUGGCUGGUUCCCUGAAGCUUAUGUCAAGCCUUUGGAGAAUACAAGGGAGAUGGAGGAGCCAGACACCAGGUCCUUCCCGCUGCGCAGCAGUCACAGUAUGGAUGACAUCCUGGACCGUCCCAGCACUCCCUCCUCCAGCAAUUACUGGCCUGCUGCUGCCCAGCCCAGCUUGCCCAACCCACCUCCCCUCUCAGUGGGUGCCAGCAGCCACCAGGGUGGGGUGUCAGCCCCAGUCAGUUCUGGCUCCAAGAAAUCAGGAGUAGAUCAGCCCCCUGAACUCUUCCCACGAGGGACCAACCCCUUUGCCACAGUCAAGCUGCGCCCCACGGUCACCAACGACCGCUCGGCACCCAUCAUCCGAUGAAACAGGGCUGUGGGCUCUGCAGAACUUCGGCAGAGAAGGAGGAGGAGAAGUGACACUGCUGUGACCUCCAGCUGGGCAGCAACAUAGUGCUACCACCCAUGGAGUGAACUCUCUUUUCCCCUCCCUCCCAUACCUGUGGGACAAUGGGACCCAUCUCACCUGGGUGUCUGGUGUGCUUUAGCCAGAAGCAGAUCUCUGCUGCCCUUUCUGGACUGAUCCCUGCUUCCCUCCCCUUGUGGUGUUACUGUGCUUGAGUGGGAGGGAGCAGUCUAGUGUUACUGGUGCUGGUGGCCUGGGAGAAGGGAUGGGGCUGGAGGCAGGGCUGGCUAAGAUCAUCUGCUGUUGGGAUGCUGUGGGCAGAGAGCUUUCACCAAACUCUUCCUUUGCCACCAGAGGAAUGAACCCCAAAAGAGAAGGCUACAAGAAGGCUCUUGGUGAUGUGGUCCAGCUGACAGGGUCUGGUCUUGGCCCCUUUGACAGCUGUGUCCAUUUAGCACAUGUAGCAGCACCUGCCCCUUCUCACCCCAGGUGCAGCCCUUUACCUUGCUGGGCAGUGCUGGGGCAAGGCAGGGGCAGGUGACAGUGUCCAGCACCACUGCCCUGUCCCUUAAUGUACUGUCCUGUGUAAACUAUAUGGGGUUUUUUAAAAUAAAAUGGAGAAUGCA